AUGGUGAGCAGUUCCUCAAGAGAAGCUGCUGAUGCGGGUUUGAGGCGCCUGGAACCGAAGGACCUCACUCCGAGCUGCGAGUUGGACGCAUUUUCUAUUAAGUAUUUUGUCGAGGUCCUUGCUUCAGUCAUUUCUCACCUCACUCACUUGCCGCCUGACCCACAACAAGGCACGAAAUGGGGCAGCCUGAAAGUGGAGGAAGUCUUGUCCUCGCAGCCAGUACGGCUUGCGACUUUGUUUGCAAGCGGAGAACCCAUUCCCAGACCGUUCACGAAACCUGUCAGAGUCAGGAGGAACAGAUCGGGAUGUAUAUGA